AUGAACGAGUUCAAGCCUGUGACAUACGAUGUGAACGCCCAGGUGAAGGCGAUUGAAUCGUUUGAGUCGGUCGCAGUGAAGCAAGCGCAGGAAAGCUCGGCCAAGCUGGAAGCUGAACUGAAGGACUUGAAGGAGACGCUGAACAACAUUGAGGGUGCCCGUCCCUUCGACCAACUUACGGUGGGAGAUGUCAUUGCCGCUCGUCCAGAGAUUGGCAAGACUGUCGAGGAGAUGGUCAAGAAGGGCAAGUGGACUGUACCUGGCUACGACGAGAAGUUCGGAAACCUCGCGAUUAUGUGA